AUGGUUGCCCUAGAAACCCAGCAAAACCCAGCACCUCUGGAAGAAAAAGUAGAACAAUUUCAAGACCAAGAUCCCUACGAGGCAGAAGAAACCCUAUCUCUCUGUGAUCUUCCCACACACAGUGACUCGGCUCAUUGGGAGGACUUCUCCAAAGAUUACCAAAGCUCAUCGUUCGACCGCUAUGAAGACGAUGACAACUUCUUCGAGUUCGUCAGCGAGGAGUUCACCUCCUCGACGUACCCAGCAGAGAAGGACAUAAUCUUUUGCGGAAAACUUAUACCCUACAACAAAGAAGCACCAAACUUUGCAGCGGAGAAAUGUCAUCAGAAGACUCAGAAGAUCAAGAGCCAAGAAACCGUAAACAAAACGAAAACGAAAAGCUUUAGCUUUUCGAAGAAAAAAGGGUUUUUUUGGUCGUGGAGAUCUUGCUCUUUCCGCAAGAUAACCAAACCCUCAAACACGGCCAAGACUUCGAAGCCGAAAAAUCCCACAUCGGUAAGUUACAGAAAGUGUGAGGUGAAUAAAGUGUCUAUACUUUCCAGCACGCCGUCGAGGUCCAAGUGGUAUCUUUUGAUGUUUCAAAUGGCGAGGUUUCCGACGGAGAUGGAGCUGAGGGACAUAAAAAACCGGCAGAGCCGACGGAUGCCGUCGACCAUGUUUAGGUCAUUUGAUGAAGGCGGUGAUGAGAAGGGUAAUAAGGGAAGGAGUGAUAGUAAAAGCAGGGCAAAGGGGUUGUGGAGGCUGUUGAGGGCGGUGGGGUGUAGCAAUCCACAUGCAGACGCCGUCGUAAAGGCAGGGCUUCUUUAG